CUCUCGUUUUCAGUUAAAUAUAUAUAAAUAUAGCACAGUGCACAGUCUCGUUCAGUUAUAUAUAGUUCGCGCUUCAGUUUCAUUCUGCCGAUUGUCUGCCUCUCAAGAUGUUCGCUGAUCGCAGUUCAAAAUUAUUGCUGCUGCUGCUAAUGUUGGCUCUGUGUCACUGGAUCAGCGCCAAAUUGCCCUCUAGUAUAACGCCCUGUGCUCGCAAUGAUCCACAGCUGGAACGCUGCAUCAUUAAUGCCGUCUACCGUCUGCGACCUCUGUUGGUGCAUGGCAAUCUAGGAGAUGGUUAUCGAACUCCUCCGCUGGAGCCGCUGCAGCUGGACAACAUUGAGCUGGGACGCAGCAGUCAGUUCCAGGCUACAUUCUCGGAGCUGGAGGCAACAGGAGGCAACUUCCAAGGCAAAUACUCUAUGAGACUCAAUCUGCUGCUGUUGGACAUUCAGGGCAAAGGCAACAUGCGUGGCUAUUGCGAUAAUGCUAAGGCAUCUGUCAAAAUGCGCGGCACACGCUAUUUGAGACACGGCUUGGAGUACGUCAAAUUCACCAAGAUGACCAUGAGAAUUCAGUUCAAGGACUUUAAGCUGCGACUGGACAAUCUAUUCAAUGGGGAUCGUAUUUUGGGUGAGGUGGGCAACACCUUGAUCAACGACAAUCAGGAGCUGUAUCUCAAUGAGAUUGUACCAGGCCUGGAACGUGGAUUGUCCAAAAAGUUUUUGGACGUAGCUAAUGAGAUUUUGGCUACGGCUACUUUCGAUGAAAUGUUUCCGCCCGGCCGUACGAUCGUAAAUCCCAUACACUUCCCCAAUCCGGGCGCAAAUUCCGGAUCUGCACCGGGUCCAGCCAUAUUUGAGCCGACUUUUACCUCGCGUAAUCCUGCAGGAGGAAUUUUGGAAGAUUUGCCGCCUUGGGGUCACGAUCAGCGACCCAAGCAACCGUCUAAAAAUCCAGGAAGCGGCAUCUUCGGCGAGAUAACUCCCGGAGGAGGCAUAAUUGAUCCCAGAUUAAAUCUGGACAGUUAA